GCCCCGGCGAGAGCGGGAAGAGCACGUUCAUCAAGCAGAUGCGCAUCAUCCACGGCGCCGGCUACUCCGAGGAGGACCGCAAGGGCUUCCGGCCGCUCGUCUACCAGAACAUCUUCGUGUCCAUGCGCGCCAUGAUCGAGGCCAUGGACCGGCUGCAGAUCCCCUUCAGCAGGCCGGAGAGCAAGCACCACGCCAGCCUGGUCAUGAGCCAGGACCCCUACAAAGUGACCAUUUUCGAGAAGCGCUACGCGGUGGCCAUGCAGUGGCUGUGGACGGACGCCGGCAUCCAGGCAUGCUACGAGCGCCGCCGCGAGUUCCACCUGCUUGACUCAGCGGUGUACUACCUGUCACACCUGGAGCGCAUCACCGAGGAAGACUACGUCCCCACAGCCCAGGACGUGCUUCGCAGCCGAAUGCCCACCACCGGCAUCAACGAAUACUGCUUCUCUGUGCAGAAAACCAGCCUGCGGAUUGUGGACGUCGGGGGCCAGAGGUCAGAACGAAAGAAGUGGAUCCACUGCUUCGAGAACGUGAUCGCCCUCAUCUACCUGGCCUCCCUGAGCGAGUAUGACCAGUGCCUGGAAGAGGACAACCAAGAGAACCGAAUGAAGGAGAGUCUGGCCCUGUUCGGCACCGUCCUGGAGCUGCCCUGGUUCAAAAACACAUCCGUCAUCCUCUUCCUCAACAAAACCGACAUCCUGGAGGAGAAGAUCUCCACCUCCCACCUGGCUACCUACUUCCCCAGUUUCCAGGGCCCGAAGCAGGACGCGGAGGCAGCCAAGCGGUUCAUCCUGGACAUGUACAGCGGCAUGUUCGCCGGCUGCGUGGACGGCGCCGACGGCGGCAAGAAGGGUCCGCGCUCCCGGCGCCUCUUCAGCCACUACACGUGCGCCACGGACACGCAGAACAUCCGCAAGGUCUUCAAGGACGUGCGGGACUCGGUCCUGGCUCGCUACCUGGACGAGAUCAACCUGCUGUGACCCAGGCCGCGCCACGCCGGGGCUCGGACCCGCGUGUGGCAGGCGGGACCUGCGGGCAGGGCCGGCGCCCAGCGAGCCCGGGUGUCCCUUGUCGCUCUAGGCCCGGGUGGAGGAAGGGCCACGAGUGAGUCGGGAAUGGAAGGCCAGUCGCUGCCGCUCCCUUCUCUGCCCCUUGCCAGGACAGCCCCUGGGGUUCCCUCCCUUGAGUCAGUUUUACCUUGGAAAGGGAGCACGAUGGCCAUUUGCGAUGCCAGGGUGGAGGAAAAGGUGGGUGGGGCUCUCUCAGGGCCCCCCACCUCGGGGUACGUCCGCUUCUGGGCAGGAGUGUGGAGGCCCGUGGGGGUGACGCACACCCCAGGGACGGGGGACUGGUCUUCUGGGCCGAGGCGCGGGACUCUGGCGCCCCCUGGCGGAAGGACACGGCAUCUCCCAGCCUGAGGUCUGAGUAGCUCUCUUGGGAAAAGAACCCUGGAAAACGGCGUCGCUUUCAGAGCCUCGUGGCUCAAAGUGCGUCCUGUCCUGGUUUGCAGCGGAAGGAAACUGAGGCUCACAAGCAUCCCCCUCCUUCCCACGCUGGGGGCUGGGCGCCCUGCAUCUUAAAACCUACUGUAUUUAUUCCCUCACCUGCGGAGUAGACAUUAAAGAAAUGACAUUCUAGAGAA